AGAGCACAUUAUACAAUAUACAUGAGUAAUAUUAUAUUAUUGGUCCCUGAAGUCUGAACUAAGUUUUAUCUCAAAUAAAAUAUUGUAAUGGGCCAAACACUGAGUGAACCCAUUACUCAUAAGGAGACCUCCGUGUGUGAAGGAGGCGGCUUCAAGGUGGCCGCUUCAUCCAUGCAGGGCUGGCGGGUGACCAUGGAGGACGCACACACGACUCUACCCGUCAUGCCUGGCGACCCUAAGACAGCCUUCUUUGCCGUGUUUGAUGGCCACGGUGGGAGUGUUAUAGCUCAGCACUGCUCCCGCAACCUCCACAAGAGCAUCCUUGCCAGACCCGAGUAUGCCAGAGGGAACUACCACGAUGCCCUCCAACAGGGAUACCUGGACCUGGACGCUGCCAUGCUGGCUGACCCGCUACUGAAGGAGGAGGUGGCGGGCAGCACCGCUGUGUCCUGCCUCAUAACCUCUGACACACUCUACUGUGCGAACGUGGGAGACUCGCGCGCCGUGGCAAGCGUGUGUGGGGCGGCCGUGGCGCUCUCCACGGACCACAAGCCGUCGCUGCCCGCCGAGAAGGAGAGGAUAGAGGCUGCCGGGGGCUGGGUGGAGGUGAACCGCGUGAACGGCAACCUCGCUCUUAGUCGCGCCAUGGGCGACUUUGUCUUCAAGAAGAACCCAUUGAAGGACCCCAGGGAGCAGGUGGUCACGGCGUUCCCGGAGGUGACGGUGCACGCGGUCACGCCAGACUGGGAGUUUGUGCUGCUCGCCUGCGACGGCAUCUGGGACGUGCUCACCAGCCACGAGGCGGUCCAGUUCGUGAGGACUCGUUUGGCCUCAGGCAGUGCCCCUGAGGACGCGUGUGAGGCCCUCAUCAACCGGGCUCUGGCCCCCGACUGCCAGAUGGGCGGGCUGGGCUGCGACAACAUGACGGUAGUGCUGGUGUGCUGCUCCAGAGACUCCACUUGGAGACAGUUCCAGGAGAAGUGCGCCAGGAGAAGCCGUGACAGCAGCGACAGCGAAGACGACGACGAUGAACCCAAGGACCUCACUUAAAGAACCCACGACCUCGCUCAUUGAAGCCCAUGUCUCCAACUUUAAACCCAAAUUCUUCAUAUUCCUACAAUCUACCGCGCUCUACUCACCAACCGACAAACGUGGCAGUUCUACUCAACAAGAACAGUCGCUACUUCUGCAGGGCUGUUCUACUGUUCUGCUGCUCCAGCGCAUCAAGAUCUCUUAUUUACUCAACAAAUUUUUAAGCUGUUUUGUCAUGGAACUUUUAUGCUGUUGUGAACUCUUGGUUCUUCGAAUCUGUGGCCCGUGACCCCUUUUCUCAUGUUAUGUUACAUCAACUGAACUGAACCCUCUCUUGUACAUACGCUUGAAUUUCUUCACUUCCACAAUGAACUGUAACUAAUGUAAUGAAUUUCUACCUGAAUUAUAACUUGUGCAUAAAUUGUAACUUAACACUGUAAAGCACAUCAAAAAAAUUCAUUCACAUGUACCAUAAAAUUCCUAGCAUAAACCGAACCCUAUACCACGCAUUAUAAGUUCGUUGUAACGAAGACCCUGAACGAAGACCCUGCCUAGAUAGUUGACGCAUGCGUGAUGUGUAAAAUAUAACUCAGUACUCGCUGCAUAGAGUGACAGAGAGCGCAUUUUC